GCUAUUUAUUUUUUCAAUAUUUUCAAUGUACAGAAUUGACCCUUCUACAGAUUUAUUAUAUGUAUAGAUUUGACAGAGUGAAAUUAUUUACCUUUUACCUACCUCUGUUUUUAUCUGUGGCCUAUUUUCCCACAAUUUUAAACUUUAAGUCGUUGCUUAGCAACGAAAUUGUUUAUUCAAUAAUCGUGAAGGAAUGUUGAUCUUAUGUUUAUGAUAUCGUUCAUGAAAUCACUACAAAUCUUUAAAAAUGAGUGGCGAGACGAUAUACGAACAACCGAGAAGGUACAAUGUAGCUCCGAUGCGAGUACAUGACUAUCUAUAUGAUUCAGCGUAUAUUGUGUCUGGUGCUAGAGACUAUGCUAGAACAGCCUUUAAAGCAGCCAUGGCGUCUGCGCAAGUGGUUAUUCAACCUGUCUACAAGACAAUGUUUUCGGAACUGCGGAAAUUCCCAAGAAUGCAAGUUGUAUACCACCCAAACUGUCGCCUCCCGCACCACGUGGAUCGAUCGUACGGCGCGUAUGUACAGCGCGUACGGGAAUCUAGACACGUGCCCGCGCCUGAACUGGCGGGGAAAGAUCGCUUCAAGUUUUGUGCUACUCCGAAAAAAUUAUUGCCAGUGCCAAGCGCGACUCCAGAUUUCCACCCGCCCACACCAAAUUAUGGACCAGCUCCAACCAAACCAAGGAAUAGGGGCACUCAGAGUUUGUACAGAGAAUCUUCAGCGCAGACAACUCCCUGGCAACCAGAUGGGAAACAAGCAGACACUUGCGAGCAGAAACCUGAAGUACUAUACUUGGAUAACUUGCAGUGGGGUCCCGGAUGCCCAUAUAGGACAGGUGAUCUGCCAGUCGACUUCCAUACAACGGAGAUUAUAAACAAGAUGCGUCACGCGAGAAAAUGGACGGAAUUAGUCGAAAAGGGACAAUUUCCGCGAUGGAUGAAGAAGCAAGACGCCAUUAUCACUGAUAUUGAGACGAAAGACUGGAUAUUCAGAGAGGCGGAGAUAGACGAACUCCAAGACAUUCGUCUGUCUCUCUUACACAAGUUGCAAAGUGAGAAGCGACAGAAGCAAACGACUCGUGUCGGCAAAAAACUGGCCAAACUGUGGGCUUGUAAGAAAAUGGACAUGGAGAGGAAGAUUGAGCAUAUACGGAGGACUAGGGAUAGGGAACUAAGUAAACUAACCGCCCUACAUGCGGUGGGCGGUCGUACCGGGCUUGUAGAAGCACAGAGAGCUGCUAGAGGCGGUGGUAGUGUAACAACCGCGGCCGCUGACCGCACAGCUGAUACACACGCGCCGAGAGCCAGGCACGGCUACCAGGCGAGCAGGAGACACGCGGACAUUGUAUACGAUCCCUCGUUACUGGCACUCGAAGACCACAAGAUAAUAUCAGAACCGCCCCCAUGGCUGGACCAAUGUGGGCAGAAUCUCACCAAAAGCUGUUCAGGCCAUCAUCUACCUCGUGACGUCACACAGCUGUGCGAGCGAGAGACCAAGUGGAGCGAACAGUUUCUGGAGAAUCUGCAUAAUGAUCUGAAGAAGGCCCGUCUAGGUGCACAAGGUCACAGCGCAGGGCCCCUAAAAGUGCUAAAACCCCGUCGCUUAGUACAAACCCCUCGACCUCCAACACCAGAAGUGGAAGCUGUGCCUGAUGAUGAGGAACAAGCUCACCAAGCUGCCCUGACGCUGCAGAGGAUCGUCAGGGGAAGGGCUGUGCAGAAUUUGAUGUACGAGGGACGUACCAGGGCAGCAGAAUUGACGGAAGAACUAAAAACAACACACGGGCUGCAAAAGGAAGAUAGAGCUCGUAUAGCGAGAGAGGAAACUAAAGCGAGAGACCAUAAUGCGCUGAGAACGGAGGCUGAGCAAAAGGAAGACGCAAUUACAGCACUAGUCGAAGAAUUAUGCGGUGGUGCCGUGUCUGCUGCUUUGGACUUUUUGGAGAAAGAGCUGAGAAGACUUAAAGAAGAGAGAAGACAUCACGCGUUCAUACUCAUUGCUUUACGAGAGAAAACAAUGCGGGAAGCGGCAGAAGCUGGAAGAAGACAGAAAGAAGAACAGAGAAGGAGAGAGCAUGAUGAGAUGUUUAAACAGAUCCUCGGAGUCACUCAAGAUACAGUGGACAUAUACCUACAAGAGAUACUCCAGCAAGGUGUGGAAUUGGCCGCAGAAGAAGAUGCGGUCAGCAAAGCGAUGGCUGAUGCUGACAGGAUCGAGGAUAGCUUGAAGGAACAUGGGUCCAUGUCAACAGCAGAACAGAACGAGCUAGUAGCCGAGUUGGUCCAGCAGUUUUUGCUACCGGAAGUACACAGGACUUCAUCCAGACUGCACCUGGCUGCUGUACAGCAGAGCAGGAUGGAAGCAGCCAGAUGCAGCGUGUUUGGGAUGCUGCACGAGCGGGAGAUGACAUCUGAUACAUGCACACGUUGUGGUGAACCGAUCGGCGAUACAUGCCGUUGCGAGGUUUGCACGGACGAACAUACACCCACAGCUACAAGUGCGAGGGACGAUAAGAGGUGGAAAUAUACUAGGAGUCGGCCAUCUGUAACGAAGAGUCGGGACGAGAGAUUCCCGCCGUCUCACGAUAUAAGAUGUUGGCUAAACGAUUUACUAAAUGAUGUGGUGAUAAAAUCAAGGAGACAAACAUUGGAACGGACGAGCGUCGAACGCGAUGUGGCAGACAUGUUGCGUAAACGGGCGGAUAUCACUGUGGAAGUUAGAGAAACUAUUGACGAGAUGAUAGCCAUAGCAACGGGAGAAUACAGUCGGCCAAUAAAAAUGGCCGACUAUCGACAUUUGAUGACACGCUUCGUUGGUGACGCUUUACAGAGAAGCGAACCGUUCCAAACUAAAUGUACUUGCCCAAAAGAAUUACCUUCAGAAAUACGUCAAAGGGCGGAAGAAGAAGCGGCGAAAGCGGACCCUUCGUGCAAGUGUGGUGAAGUGAAACAGCUUAAAUUUGAUACCGAAAGAUCGGAUGAGAAAUCGAAACUGCUUCCUUCGGAACUACGUCUUUUGGAAGAAAUGCGACGCUGCAAGUGUGACACUGAACCUUCACCCAGCGCUAGGACUAUAGGUAUACAUCUAUACUAAUACUAGUGGUC